AUGUCCAUCCACGAUCAGCUUACCUCAGACACUCAACCCAGACACAGUCGAAAUAUUCCGCUUCUAGACGCUAUCCAUGCCUCAUAUCUACUCUCCAAAUCCUUUCAGCUUGACGCCAGAACCAGUGUAGUUGUGAACUCCUGCCACUCAACAAGCUCGGCUACUCCGAUUCUGGAUACUUCUUUGGGAGUGAAAGUGUGGGAACAUGCCAAGCGUCGUGCCGAAGAUAAUUGCAUCCUGCUACAAUCUCCUCACGAAUCGACUCCCUCUUUGCUCACGCCAUUUCUCAACACUCUUCCUUUCAAAGUACCAACUUCCGUAGUCACAUCAUUGCAAGCCCUCCAACCGUUUCUACAUUGCGUUACACUGGAUAAUCCAGCAUCAUCGCGAUAUGCCGCAUUGGCUUUGACUCUCGAUGUCGGGCUAAAAGGUCAAGUGUCGAAGGUUCUCUUGUCGAUACCCGCCCACAGUCUCGAUACAGCCAGUGAUCUAUUCGAGGUUUCUGCAGAAGUCAGCAGAUACGCGUUUCAUGUCUUUUACUACAUUAUCGCAUUUGCCUCAACGCCAGCUGAAAAGGCUUUACUCAAGCUCAAAGAAACUGACGAGAAUUUCAUCCUAUCUACGAAUGGAACAUCUAGACCUCCGUCGCAAGCUGGGCUCAGCAAUGCAUCGGCGGCAAGUGAUUUCCGACAAGCCCUUAAAGAUAUCGGCAUCAAAGGUGCCGAUCAUCGCAAUCUCAUCGCAACGCUCGCAGGCCUACUCACCUUGGGAAAUACGCUCGACGAGAAAAUCUCUUCCACAGAUAUGAUGGAGACUUGUGAUGAAGCCGGUGUAUUACUCGGCAUCGAGCCCGAUGUACUUAUCAGUCUUUCUCAUUCCCAACGCCAUUUCUUCAUCAGUUCGGCCUACGGAUCACUGGUAAACUGGGUUGUCUCUAAAGCGAACGAUGCCAUCGCAUCUGAGCUUGAAGCCAAAAAAGACUCAAAUCCACUGCACACUCUCGAAUAUCCUGUACUCUCGAAUGGACACGACUCAGAUGAUAGAGUUCAGAUCACUAUUGUUGAGAUACCUGAUCCUUCACUCGGAAGGGCAAUAGCUAUGCAGACAAACUUUGAUAAGACGUUUGGCAUCAAUGCUGAAGCAGUGGAUGACGGUAUCGCAACGCCAUCUGUUGACCCUUCGGUCUGGGACGAUACGUGCCGUGCCAUGCUUGAUAGCCCAGGGUACCAGAGAAACGUAGCAGGCUUGGGGCUUACAGAAGACUCCCAACUUCAGAAUAAAUGGCAAUCUACUGUCACUAAUAUCAGUAACCUUGCUGAAGAGGACAGCUUUCUCCGCGUCAUCUCCUUUCUGAAAGAUGAGCGACAUGCUCUUGACCUGCGCUUUGUUCUCGACUCCAGUCGGAUCUGGUACCAUCUAUCGCUAUACCCUGGUUCUGAUAUCACGUCCGAAUCAGCAGCAUCACCGACAUUCGCAGUCACUCCGUGGUCCACCAACAUUGUGUUGAGACAAUUGCUGUCAUGGCGUCUUCAAGACUGGGCCGAUCACAAGUCUACCAGCUCGGCUUUUACUGUCGACUUUGCUGUUGACGAAUUUCUGCAGCGCUAUUCCGCAACACUUGGGAAUGUCUUUGAUAAACAUGGUAUCGAGCAGUGGUUUAUCCAGAUGGGUUGGCGCCGCAUGGACGCUAUUGUCGGACAUCAGCGCGUGUGGAUGUCCGAAGAAGCUUGGUGGCAGGUUGAGGAAAGGCUCGAGACAAGUCUCACACUCAGAAAGAGGCAAAGCAGCAGAAGUACGUUGAACACCGAGCACCAUGCUACAGCCCUUGGCAGGCCAAGUAGUUAUUUCUCUACUUUUGAAUUUGACCACAGUCGAAUUGGAAGCAGAAAUCAUCUCCUGUUCGAGAACUCUCCACACCGUCAAAGCACUAGCCUCGCCGCGAAGGGCCAAACAGAUGUGAGACUGUCUUACUCUGAGUUACCUGCCACUCGGACACUUAAGGGAUCAAAGACCUUUGAGUCUCGCGAUCCCGAAAUGGCGAAUCCGGGACAUAUUGAGAUCAACAAAGUUACCUGGAGCCGUCGUAUCUGGGUAGGUGUUGUUAGGGCGUUGACAUUCUGGAUUCCGUCUGUCCUUCUCCGUCACGUUGGCCGCAUGAGUCGGCCCGAAGUUCAACAGGCAUGGCGGGAGAAACUGGUUCUCUUUUCCAUCAUUCUACUGAUCAAUGGAACCAUUCUCUUCUGGAUGAUGGGCUUGGGUACUGUGUUGUGUCCCAAUUCUGAUAAAGCCUGGACCCGUAAGGAAGUGGCGACUCAUCAGGGAGAUAAUGACUUCUGGGUCAGUAUACACGGUAAAGUUUACGACAUAUCCGAUUUCUGGAAACGUCAACAUAGCGACACGGACAUCAAGACUACAACGGCAAAUAUGCAACCACUCGCUGGGUUUGAUCUAGAUGAUUAUUUUGUGCCCCCUCUACACAUGGCAUGUAGAGGACUCGGAAUAGCGGAAGCAACACGGCUCCAGUCAAACAACACACCUCUGUAUACCACUGCGGUACAUACCUCGGGCUAUUACGCUACCGAAAAGAAAAGUGCCUUGCAUCAGGAUAACUGGUAUUGGGACCACUUCAGCCCUCCAAUCAAAGAGUAUUACAAAGGUGACCUUGUUUACUCCAACGACAAGGUAAAGAGAGAAGGCGAAGGGGGGCACGCUUGGGCGAGAUAUGGCAACCAAAUCUACGAUCUGACGAAUUACUUCUACACCCGAGACUUAUACGACACCGUCGCCAAGUAUCAGUUUUUGAACGAUGAGGUGACCAAGCUUUGGGAAGACAGUGCCGGUAAAAAUAUCAAAUCUGAGCUUGACGAGAUGUUGGCCGACUCUACCAACAAGACCAAGCAUGAUAAUAUCGUUCCCAGUUGGCGCUGCAUCCAAGCGAUUAGCUACAAAGGGAUGUCGGACUUUCGUGACACCGCCAGGUGCCAAGUAAACAACUGGCUUUUGCUUGUAUUCACAGUCAUUGUGUGUGUCAUCAUCGGGAUCAAAUUCGCUGCGGCACUUCGUUUCGGUUCUAAACGACGUCCAUCAAAGCAAAAGAAGUUUGUCAUUUGCCAGAUUCCUGCUUAUACGGAAGAUGAGGAGUCUCUGAGAAGAGCCAUCAACUCAUUGACGGCUCUAGAUUACGACAAUCACCACAAGCUUCUGUGUAUCAUCCGCGAUGGUAUCGUGGUGGGUCAGGGAAAUGACCGACCGACAUCAAAGAUUAUACUUGACAUUGUCGACAACAACUCUGAUCCAGCUGCCCUGCCGUUCAAAUCCAUAGGAUCGGGGAGUGACCAGCUCAACUGCGGUAAAGUGUACUCUGGACUGUAUGAAUAUGAGGGGAACAUUGUUCCAUAUCUUGUUAUCAUCAAAGUCGGCAGACAAUCUGAACAAGCGCGAGCAAAACCCGGAAAUCGUGGGAAACGAGAUACUCAAAUGUUACUGAUGAGCUUUCUCAAUCGGGUGUAUCAUGAAUCUACGAUGAACCCCUUGGAACUUGAGAUGUUUCACCACAUCAACGAUGUGAUUGGUGUUGAUCCUCGACUAUACGAAUUUCUCCUCAUGGUGGAUGCCGAUACUGCAGUUCAUGCUGAUGCUCUGAACCACUUAGUCUCUGCAUGCGCAAACAAUACCAAGAUUGCAGGUAUUUGUGGUGAGACAACGUUGGAAAACGACGAGAGAAGUUGGUGGACCAUGAUUCAAAUCUAUGAGUAUUUUAUAUCUCAUCAUUUGGCUAAAGCAUUUGAGUCAUUAUUCGGCUCUGUAACCUGCCUCUCUGGAUGCUUUACUAUGUACCGCAUCAAAUCCUACGAUGGAAAGAAGCCCGUUGUUGUGUCCGAUGCUGUUCUCCAAGACUACAGUAUCUGUGAUGUUGACACAUUGCACCUCAAAAACCUCCUCUCCCUUGGGGAAGACCGUUACCUGACGACCCUCAUGAUAAAACACUUCCCACGCAUGUGGCUCAAAUUCUUACCAGAAGCCCAGUGCCAAACGGUCGCCCCAGAAUCAUGGAAAGUACUUCUAUUACAGCGCCGUCGGUGGAUCAACUCUACGAUUCACAACCUUAUCGAACAUAUGCGUCUAGAGAACAUGUGCGGCGCAUGCUGCUUUAAUAUGCGUGUCAUUGUCUUCGCAGACCUGUUCGGAACCAUCAUCUUUCCAGCAACAUUCGGCGAUAAGCAGGUUGUUGCUCUUGAUGACGAAGAGGGUUUUGACCCCAGCUCCAUUCCGUUACAGCCAUGGGGUGAAUAUGUCCCGACCAACCAGUCAUUUACACAAGAUCACAAGUGGACCCAACAAGGCUGGGCCUAUUCCCCAGAGCCUAACAUCUCCUCCACAAGGAAGACUUGGACACCUUUCUCCUCACGUAUGACAUUGAAUACCCAGCCUUCUUUACAGCUUGAUCAUACCAAGCCUCCUGAGAUUGUUCAUCAGCAGUCUGCAAUGAAUCUUGAGAAGAAAUGUGCAGAAGGAUAUGAAGCUAUCCCAAACGCGUUGAUAUCAGCCGCCAUUAGAUGGACACUUGCUGAAGUGAAUCUCGACACCGUCACAAAGCGCCAGGUCCGUGCCAUUGUUGAGAAGCGUCUAGAAUUAGAGCUCGGCGAAGAACAUCUGUCAUUCUUCAAUCAGGAGCUUGAUCGCCAGCUCCAGGAAAUAGAGCUAGCGUCAUGA